AUGUCUCAAUCAUACCAGCGUCUUAUGCAAGUUGCUUCGCAAAUCACCUCGAAGAAGAGUGGUAGCGCUGCUCUCCUCGAGAAAAACCCAGGCGAUAUCGUUGUGACAUGCGCCCUUCGAACGGCCAUAACGAAAGGCGGCAAGGGUGGCUUCAAGGACACCGCUGGUGCUGAUCUCCUAGUCGGUGCUUUCAAGGCCCUGAUUGAAAGAUCAAAGAUCGACCCUUCUGUUGUUGAAGAUAUUGCUGUUGGAUGUGUGCUCGCCCCUGGUGGUGGUGCCACUGAAUUCCGCGCUGCCGCUUUGGCCGCUAGUUUCCCCGAGACUGCUGCAGUCAAAGCCCUGAACAGACAGUGCUCCAGUGGUCUACAAGCAAUCGUUGAUAUUGCCAAUGCCCUGAAGGCUGGUGUCAUCGAUGUCGGUAUCGGAGCCGGUGUUGAGAGCAUGUCUUCUCAAUAUGGCCCCGGAGCUGUCACAGAGUUCUCUGAUCUACUAGACAACCACAUGGAAGCUGCAAACUGCAAGGUCCCCAUGGGAGUUCUUUCAGAGAACAUGGCCAAGGAUCUCGGUGUCACCCGUAAGGAGCAGGAUGCUUUCGCUGCCUCUUCCUACCAAAAGGCAAUCAAGGCUCAGGAAGCCGGCCUCUUUGACGAAGAGAUAGCCCCUCUCACUGUUAAAUUCACCGACCCCAAGACCGAAGAGGAGAAGACCAUCACCGUCAAGGCUGAUGACGGUGUCCGUGCUGGAAUCACCCCGGAAUCCCUCGCCAAGAUCCGACCAGCCUUCGCCGCUGACGGUUCCAUCCACGCUGGAAACUCCUCCCAGAUUUCAGACGGUGCCGCUGCCGUCCUUUUGAUGAAGCGUUCCACCGCAGAGCGACUUGGACAGAAGAUCAUUGGCAAGUACGUCACCGCCAGCAUUGUCGGUGUCAAGCCUCUUCUCAUGGGACAGGGUCCAUGGAAGGCCAUCCCCGUUGCCUUAGAGAAGGCCGGAAUCACCAAGGAAGAUGUCGACAUCUAUGAAAUCAACGAGGCUUUCGCAUCCCAGGCUGUGUGGUGUUCCAAGGAGCUAGGUUUGCCCUUCGAGAAGAUCAACCCCAAGGGUGGUGCUAUUGCCUUUGGCCAUCCUCUUGGAUGUACCGGUUCCCGCCAGGUCAGCACAUUGUUGACCGAGUUGAAGCGAACAGAUAAGAAGAUCGGUGUCACCAGUAUGUGCGUUGGAACAGGAAUGGGUAUGGCUGCUGUCUGGGUUGCCGAGUAA